AUGGCAAAGGAUUUCUCCUCCUUCCUCUCCGCCGAGGGCGCCUCUCGCAAGAAGAGUCCUCUCAAGGGUCUACUUCGUUUCAUGAAAGGCGACAUGGUCUCGCUUGGAGGAGGUCUGCCUCACCCUUCAACCUUCCCUUUCUACUCACUCUCGGCCGAAAUCAAGAGCGUGGCACCGACCAUUUUAAAUGAUACUUCUGGCAAGACUUCUUCCGCCACCUCCGACCUUGUCACCGUUCCUCAUGGACCACAGCCCGGAAAAGUUGAGAGCUUGAGUGCUUCUUUGCAGUAUGGUCUUGGAACAGGAAUCAAGUCAUUGCGUGAAUUUUGCAAAGAACACAUUAAUCAGAUGCAUCGCCCUCAGUACCAAGACUGGGAUGUACUCCUUAGUGCGGGCAAUACAGAUUCGUACUCAAAGGCGAUUGCGAUGCUGUGCAAUCGAGGCGAAAAGAUUUUAGUGGAAGAAUGGACUUACCCUGCGGCACUUGAAAUGAUUGAUCCCCUAGGAGUGGGCCAUAUUCCAGUGACUAUGGAUGGAGAGGGAAUGUCCGCAGUUGCAUUGAAGGAUUUGCUCGAUAAUUGGGGAUCUGCUCCUGAUCAAGCUAAGGAAGCAAAGCCUCGUGUUGUCUAUGUGAUUCCUACAGGUCAAAAUCCCACAGGAUCGACCAUGUCAAUUCAGAGGAGACGAGACAUCAUGCGAGUGGCUCAGGAGCAUAAUCUUAUUGUGAUUGAAGAUGACCCUUACUAUUACCUACAGUUCAAUGUGGAUAAUGGUUGGGUGCCCUCGUUGCUGUCCAUGGACACGGAUGGUCGUGUUAUCCGCCUAGACACCUUCUCCAAGACAUUGGCACCAGGAUGCCGAGUGGGAUACAUGUCCAUGAACGCACAUUUCUGUACUAUUGUCCAAAACCAUAAUGAGGUGACAACUCAGCAGCCUAGUGGAUUCUCUCAAACGCUGCUGGCCGAGAUGCUGGUCUCGCAUUGGGGCCAAGAAGGUUACAACCGCUAUUUAACCGAGAAUGUCCGAACAGAGUACUUGAACCGAUCUCGCCAUCUCCAAGCCUGCUUCCAGCGCCAUGUUAACUCCAAGCUCGCCACAUUUAUUGAACCAUCUGCAGGCAUGUUUAUCUGGAUCAAGAUCCAUCUAGAGCAUCAUCCACAGUAUGGAACUGUAUCGGAUUCGGCAUUGAUGCUUCGAUUGUUUAACAAGUGUAUCGAAAACAAUGUAUUGCUGGUUCCAGGAUGGCAGUUCAGCUGCAAACCUAAGCCUGCGGACUUUGAUCCUGCAGAUCCACUUGGAGGCUGGUUUGAUGGUCAGGCAACCUAUUUAAGGGCCACAUUUGCCUAUGCAAGUUUUGAGCAAAUGGAAACAGCCAUGAUUCGCUUUGGCGAGUCUUUAAAUGAAAUAUUCUCAGCAUAG